AUUUGGGAACAGAAUUUCAACAGUGAACAGUAAUUCCACAGUGAACAGUAACUCGGACGUUGAACAGUGUUUUCCGGCGACGAUCAGGUUCAGUUCAACUGGAGUUGGUACCUCCGGUUGCUAUAUCCAUUAUUUGUCCAUACAUUUGUAGUAACAUUUUGCUAACUUUAGACUUUUGAAUUUAUUAGUUCAUACUCUUUCUUGUGGCUUUGCUUAGUGAUGGUAGACUAGGGUCAUGUUCUCGUUCGGGGACGGGGGCGAGGGUUAGGAGGGGUAAGUGGGUUAAAGGAGCGUCUAGGUUAAGAGUAGGUUCUUGGAACAUUGGGACGUUAACGGGGAAGUCCAUAGAGCUAGUUAAGAUUCUUAAGAAGAGGAAGAUUAAUAUAGCUUGUAACCAAGAGACCAAAUGGGUAGGUCCUAAAGCUAAGGAGGUAGACGGGUAUAAGCUGUGGUUCUCUGGUAGGUCGAAGUAUAGAAAUGGGGUGGGCAUUUUAGUGGAUAGUGAAUUAAGGGAUCAGGUGGUAGAGGUUAGGAGGGUCACUGAUAGGAUGAUGUCGAUUAAGGUGGUCGUUGAAGGACUCACUUUGAACAUUAUUAGUGCAUAUGCGCCGCAAGCGGGCUUAGGCGAGGAGGAGAAGAGGCGCUUUUGGGAGGAUUUGGACGAGUUAGUGGGAGGCAUACCGCCUACUGAGAAGCUAUUCGUGGGAGGUGAUUUCAAUGGACACAUCAGGCCUAUUUCCGGAGGUUAUGAUGAUGUGCAUGGAGGCUUUGGCUUCGGGGACAGAAAUGGAGGAGGAGUCUCACUUUUGGAUUUUGCAAGAGUUUUUGGGUUGGUGAUAGCCAAUUCGAGUUUCCCAAAGGAGGAGGAGCACUUGGUAACCUUCCGUAGUUCGGUGGCUAAAACUCAGAUAGACUUUUUACUCCUUCGGAAGGAUGAUAAAGGUCUGUGCAAAGAUUGUAAGGUCAUUCCGAGCGACUAUCUUACAACCCGACAUAAGCUCUUGGUGAUGGAUUUAGGGAUCAAGAGGACGAGGAAGAAGAGGGUCGUGGAUGACCGACCUAGGAUCAGAUGGGGUAGUUUGACCACGAUUAGUGCAGUGGAGAUGGGAGAGAAAUUGAAGGAUAUGGGGGCUUGGGAUUGUAGUGGGGAUGCGACCAGUAUGUGGGAUAAGACGGCUAGUUGCAUUAGGGUGGUAGCAAGGGAAGUGUUGGGGGUCUCGACAGGUAGUCGUGGCCAGCAUAAAGGAGACUGGUGGUGGAAUGGAGAAGUUCAAGGGAAAGUGGAAGCAAAGAAGGUGGCGUAUGCGAAGUUGAUAGAAAGCAAGGAUGAGGUGGAGAAGUGGACAAACACGGAGCUUUAUAAGAUGGCGAGGAAGGAGGCGAAGUUGGCGGUUUCAACGGCAAAAGCGACAGCUUUUGAACGCAUGUAUGCUGAACUAGAAGAGAACGGAGGGGACUAGAAAUUGUUCAGGCUAGCCAAGGCGAGGGAGAGAAAGGCACGUGAUGUGGAUCAAGUAAAGUGCAUCAAGGACGAGCAUGACAAAGUAUUGGUAGAGGAGACUCUCAUUAGACGGAGAUGGCAGUCAUACUUCUACAAACUCUUGAAUGAAGAAGGGGACAGAGACAUUGUGCUGGGAGAUUUAGAACAUACAGGAAGGCGGCGUGAUUUUGGGUAUUGCAGGAGUAUCAAGGUUGAGGAGGUUAGGGGUGCUGUUCGUAGGAUGCGCAGGGGAAGAGCGAUCGGACCUGACGGGAUUCCUGGGGAAUUUUGAAAGAGCGCGGGGCUGGCAGGUUUGGAGUGGCUGACUAGGUUGUUUAAUGUCAUCUUUAAGACGGCAUUGAUGCCCGAAGAAUGGAGGACGAGUGUAAUGAUCCCUCUGUACAAGAAUAAGGGAGAUAUUCAGAGUUGUAACAACUAUAGAGGUAUCAAACUGCUAAGCCAUACUAUGAAAGUGUGGGAAAGGGUGGUGGAGAUGAGGGUGAGGAGAGGUGUGUCUAUUUCAGAGAACCAGUUCGGAUUCAUGCCGGGACGCUCAACUACAGAAGCCAUCCAUGUUGUGAGAAGAUUGGUGGAGCAGUAUAGGGAGAGGAAGAGAGACCUACAUAUGGUAUUCAUCGACCUACAAAAGGCUUAUGACAAAGUUCCAAGAGAGAUCCUAUGGAAAUGCUUGGAGGCUAAAAGUGUACCUGUGGCGUACAUUAGGGUGAUCAAGGACAUGUAUGAGGGAGCCAAAACUAAAGUAAGGACAGUAGGAGGAGACUCAGAGCACUUUCCAGUUGUGAUGGGGUUGCAUCAGGGAUCAGCUCUUAGUCCGUUUCUAUUUGCCUUAGUGAUGGAUGGAUUGACACGGCAAAUUCAAGGUGAGGUGCCAUGGUGUAUGCUUUUCGCGGACGACAUAGUCCUGAUUGACGAGACUCGUAGCGGAGUUAACGCUAAGCUGGAGGGUUGGAGACAUACUCUGGAGGCUAAAGGGUUUAAGCUGAGUAAGACCAAGACAGAGUACUUGGAGUGUAAGUUCAGUGAAGCACCUCAGGAGGCUGGCGUGGAAGUGAGGCUUGGUACCCAGGCCAUCCAGAAGAAAAAUAGUUUUAAGUACCUUGGGUCUAUUGUGCAAGGCAGCGGGGAGAUUGACGAUGAUGUCACACAUCGUAUUGGGGCAGGGUGGAUGAAAUGGAGGCUUGCUUCCGGAGUGCUAUGUGACAAGAAAGUGCCACCAAAACUUAAGGGUAAGUUCUACAAAGCGGUGGUUAGACCGACUAUGUUGUAUGGGGCGGAGUGCUGGCCAGUUAAGAUCUCUCACGUUCAAAAGAUGAAAGUUGCCGAGAUGAGAAUGUUGAGAUGGAUGUGUGGCCACACCAGGAGCGACAGGAUGAGGAAUGAGGAUAUUCGGGUUAAGGUGGGGGUGGCCUCGGUGGAAGACAAGAUGCGAGAAGCGAGAUUGAGAUGGUUUGGGCAUGUGAAGAGGAGAGACACAGAUGCCCCAGUGCGGAGGUGUGAGAGGUUGGCCAUGGAUGGUUUCAGACGAGGUAGGGGUAGGCCGAAGAAGUAUUGGGGAGAGGUAAUUAGACACGACAUGGCGCAAUUACAGCUUACCGAGGACAUGACCUUAGAUAGGAGGGUUUGGAGGACCCAAAUUAGGGUAGAAGGCUAGUAGAUAGUCUCGUUAUCCGUUCUUACUAGUAGUCGCAGUAUCGCAAUAUAAUUUCUUGUGCUCCGAUUUAUGCUAUUAUCUGUUAUUUCGUGUGCUUUGAUUAUCCUGUGGUAUCUGUGUCGACUGCAUUAUUUUAUUUUAUAUUAUUGCUUUUCCAUGUCGCUUUGAAUUUCUUAGCCUUAUCUGACUUUUUUAUGCUUUUAUGCUUUUCUUGAGCCGAGGGUCUUUCGGAAACAGCCGUCCUACCUUGGUAGGAGUAAGGUCUGCGUACACUCUACCCUCCCCAGACCCCACGAUGUGGGAUUUCACUGGGUUGUUGUUGUAUAGACCUUCCAUUACAUGGGGGUCGUUUUACUUGGUUUAAAGGUAGCAAUGAAGGUGUCACAUCUAGAAUAUAUGUAGAUUUCUGAUGUUUUAAGAUUGGGAUGAAUCAUUUAAGGACAUUAAACAGAAGGUAAUACCAAGAAUUUUGUCAGAUCAUUUCCCUAUUAUACUUGUUUGUGGAAACUUGAAAAAGAGAAAGGAUAUUUUAAAUUUGAAAAUAUGUGGUUAGAGCAUGAUUUUUUCCUGAAGUUAGUGGAACAAUGGUGGGAGCAAUAUGAAUUUCAUGGGAGACCAGAUCUGGUGCUUGCAAAAAAGCUGAAAAGACUGAAGGAAGACAUAAAAAUGGGACAAGAGAUAUUUGGAAACCUUGGGAAAAGAAAGACGCAGUCUUAAAUAGAUUGGAAGAGAUUGAUCACAGAUCUCGUCAAAUACAGAUUUGAACAUACCACUCUCAUGAAAGAAUUUGAAGAGAUUGUCAAUGCAGAGACGUGUCUUAGAGGAAAAAGUCAAGGAGAUUGUGGCUUAAGCAAGGAGAUAGGAAUACAAAAUAUUUCAUAAGCUGACCAACUCCCACAAAAGAUUUAACAAUAUUGAUCUUAUGGAGAUUGACAGCAGGGCCCUUCCCCGGACCCCGCGCAUAGCGGGAGCUUAGUGCACCGGGCUGCCCUUUUUUAUGGAGAUUGACAGCAGAAUUACAGUAAAUAAGAAGGAAAUCAGGGAUCAUAUUGUGACUUCUACCAGAAUUUAUUCCCUGAUACUGAAAUGUACAGAUCACAAUGAAUAGGUGAUAAGUUGGCGAAAUGAACAGAUGAAAAGAACAUUUGGCUACCGAAGCAGUUUACUGUGGCGGAAAUUAGUGAAGUUAUUAACAAGUUUGAAGGUGAUAAAGCACUGGAACUGGAUGGAUUUGAUACGACAUUCUUCCAUAAAUGUUGAAAGAUUGUAAAGACGACAUCUUGAAGACUGGAGUUCUUUUAUCAGAAAGGAACUUAUGAGAAGAAAUUCAGUGGAACACUCUAGAUCUCAAAAAAAAAAAAAAAAAAAAAAGGAGCAAUGAAUAUAAAAGACUACUGGUCUACCAGUCUUUUGGGGGGAGUAUAUAUAAAAUUAUUGUCAAAGCUUUGACUGAAAGGUUAAAAUGGUUUAUGGAUAAAUUGGUAUCUGUCACUCAGAAUGCUUCAUUUAAGGAAGGCAAAUUGCAGAUGCAUCAUUGGAGGCCAAUGAGGUUUCUGAUUACUAUUUGAAGAUGGCGAAAGAAGGAGUUCUCUGCAAGCUGGAUUCGGUGAAGGCAUAUGACCCUAUUAGUUGGCAAUUCCUUUAACAAUACCAAAUGGUGGAGACAAAUGGAUACAUUAGAUUAAAACUUGCAUUUCCAUAGUCAAAUUUUCAGUCUUGAUCAACGGGAGUCCGAAAGAAUUUUUUAAAAUCUCAAAGGGACCUUAGGCGGCAAGGAGAUCCGCUGCCUCCUUAGUUGCUUGUUCUAGCCAUGGAAGUGUUUAGUAAGAUGUUGCAUAACCCUUCUUGCAAAGGUUUUGAGAUUGAAGGUGCUCAUGGAAAUAUUGUGGAAAUUAAUCAUAUUCUAUAUGCUUAUGACACUGGUGUAAUGUAAAGCUGAUAGAAUGCAACUUUUGCAUUCGAAAAUUUUACUUUUAGCAUUUGAAGCAGUUUCUCGGGUUUAAGAUGAACCUUAUCAAAAGUAGUCUUUUCUCUGUAAAUGUGGACAAUCUUAUCGAUGACUUUGCUGAAAUUUUGGGUUGUAACACCAAGAAGUUCCCCACUACAUACCUUGGAUUUGCCAAGGUGUUAUGGACAAGUGUGAGAAAAAAUUGGUUUUAUGGAAAAGCAGUAUAUCUCUUCUCAUGGAAGAUUGAACCAGUGAAUUGUGUUUUGGAUGGAAUCCCCAAUUAUUUAAUGUCUCUAGUACCAAUCCUAACAGAAGUGGAGAAUGCAUCAGUAAGCUGAGAAGGAACUUUAUUUGGGAAGCUAAUGCAGAUAGUAGAAAUAUCCAUAUGAUAAGAUGUCAAAGAUCAUAAGGAACAAAAAGAAGGGAGGCUUUGUGUGAGGGACUUAAAUCUGCCUCCUCUAUAAGUGGUUAUGGAGAUGAAUGGUAACAAUGAUGCUAUAUGGAAGAUAGUGAUUAAUUGCAAGUAUGAAAGGGAGGGAUUCUGGUAGCCUGAGCAUGUGAACAACUCUUUUGGAGCGGCGAUGUGAGCUGGUUUUGGGGAGAGUUUAAAAAUAACAUUAAAUUAAAGGUUGGGAAAUAGAAGGAAAAUUAAACUGUGGACUGAUAGAUGGUAUGAAGAAGGAUUGUUAAAUGAUCAUUUUCCUUUUAUUUAUAGCCUGGUGAAGAAUCAAGAUUGUUAGAUGGUUGACUGCCUUAUGGAAAACUAGUGGGAUUUUCAGGUUAGGAGAAACUUUAGUGAUUGAGAACAGGAUGAAGUUAGUGUUUUUUUUUUUUUUUUUUGAAGAAAAUUCAGACAACAAUUAUUGAUGAAAACAAGGAAGACACUCAGGUUUGGCUUGCGAAUAAUAUGGGAAGAUAAUAUGGUGAAUUUUUUUUUUUGAACGGUUACAAGAUCAUUAUCUUGUUUCAGAGACAUUCUGGCCCUGGAAUCUAUUGUGGAAAAUUAAGGCCGCAACCAAAGUUGCAUGUUUUGGGCAGGUUGCUGCUUAUGAAGCUUGCUCGACCUAAUAUAAUUUACAAAAAAGGGAUUCAGUUUGUGUAAUAGAUACUUUAGUAUGAUCGCUCUGCAGAAACAGGCAAGAAUGAUAUAAUAUGGGUUUUAAUUCAGGUGCAGGCUUGCAACACCUAAACUCAUACAUUAUUUUCCAAGAUUGGUUUGACUAAUGGCAUGUUGUACUCUGGAAGAGUUUCUUUUUUCUAUUUUUUUAAUGACGCUGGUGCAGGUCAGCUUGCGCGCACCUCUAUUAUUCGACCAGAUUUUGCUAGCUCUCACCAGCACAUGUCUCGGGUGAGUGCAAGACCAAGAGUGUUCUGCAUGCAGAGAUUUGUGGCAGAACGUCUAAAAAAUGAUAAAGUUGUUAGGUCACGCCAUUUCAAGCUUGAAAAGCUAAAGGUGCUGAGAAGUUCGAGUAGGAGACAAUUCAGUUUCUUUGCCACUGCGGAGGACCAGUUUCCUGACAGUGAGCUUGAGGAAGAUGGUUCUGAGCAAGAAAGUGUUGAAUACAUUGCAUCUGCCAGUGGUUCAAAUGUCCAAAUUGAAGGUGGUCGUGGUAAGCCCGGGGUACUAUCAUUCUACAGUCGUCCUUACAGAAGGGAGGAGGAAAUUCCUGUGUCCGCUGCUGCAAAGAACCAGAACAGUCUACUGUGGUUUGUUGGUCCAGCUGUCCUUGUAGCCUCUUUCAUCUUUCCCUCGCUUUACUUGCGCAGGAUAUUAUCAACUAUAUUUGAGGACUCUUUGUUAACUGAUUUCCUCAUCUUGUUCUUCACAGAGGCUUUCUUUUACUGUGGAGUAGCAGUGUUUCUUCUCCUAAUAGAUCAUUUAAGGAGACCGCUUGAGCUAGUAUCUUGUGACAGGAAAAUUACCCCACCACUCGGAUAUAGAAUAUGUUCAAUUUCUAUACUAGCACUUAGUCUAAUAAUUCCAAUGGUGACCAUGGGGUUUGUCUGGCCAUGGACCGGUCCUGCAGCUUCUGCUACUCUUGCCCCCUACCUUGUUGGUAUUGUAGUGCAAUUUGCUUUUGAGCAGUAUGCAAGAUAUAUUGACUCCCCUUCAUGGUCUGUUAUCCCUAUUGUUUUUCAGGUUUACAGGCUGCAUCAGCUGAAUAGGGCAGCACAACUGGUAACAGCCCUUUCUUUGACAGUAAGAGUAGCAGAGAUGACCGCACAGAACUUGGCAAUAAAUGGCUCAUUGAGCACACUUCUAAAUGUCCUUCAAUUUCUUGGGGUGAUUUGUAUUUGGUCCCUUUCUAGCUUCAUCAUGAGAUUUUUCCCUUCUGCUACUAUGGCUCAGGGCUAAGACAUGCUAUGUUCUAGUUGCUUGUUUGCUUUGCGAGUGCCACAGGUCUUAUUUCUUCAGAUGGUUCCUCCUGUUGACUUGAUCUUUGUUGAAUCUGAAAGAACAUGCAUAAGCAUGGAAGUCUCUCCAACCAUUGCACAAAAUUCUUGGCAAAUGAAGGAAUGCAAGGUAUAGCGCUGCUGAUUGAUUAUCUUGUCACCUCUUCUGUAUUAGGCUCUGAAUUUGGACCUCACUAGGAGGGAAUACUCGACUCACUAAGAUGGGAUAAUUCAUGUACUGUUUAACUUUUGUAAUAGAUAUCUUCUGCAAUUUUAACUAGAUUGGUAAAACUACCUUAGUAAUCA